AUGGUGCUGGUCCGCUCUAGAAGCAUUGUAUACAAUGACAUCGACUCCAUCCGGGACAACAUCCCUUUCAAGGUAAUCGAAAUAGUUACAGUGUAUUAAUGUGGUAGUUAAUAUAUAUUAUCCAAGUUAACUAAAACAAUCAAAAGGUCAUGUUUGGACAAUCUUUGGCUAGAACAAUAUGUUUUUACAUCUUGCACCUACAUUCUUAAGUCAUAUAUCAAUAUAUUGUUAUCCAAAGUAUAGUUUUAUAACCUAUCAUUCCCUGACAGGUGGUGAGAACAUGCUCCCUGCCCAGUGUCACCACCUCUCUCAACACCUACAAGACCUACUGGCCAUCGUACCGUCAACAAGUGGGAUACGCACAUCGGUAUUACUCUAGCCACAGCUACGUAAGUGCUCCCAUUACUGUCUGUAACUGUUUAGUACAAUACAUAAUGUAUAUAUAUGUUUAGUACGACGACUAUUGGUACAACAAGUACCGUUACAUCACACCGUACUGGUCGUUCUACCGUGCCAAGCCGAGUUUCCAUCACGUUCCCUCACACUGUAGCGACAUGUACUACAAUGCUGUGUAAGUAAACCGCAUAGUUACCAUGAUAAACCUAUAUGUAUAAAGAAUAUUAUGAUAAUAUAAUCCAAAACAUCAUACAAAACUUAUAUUCCAGCUACGACUACCGACCGUUCUCCACGACCAGCCACUACAGACCGUACCGUUCCUUCAAGAUCCAAGGCUUUAACUGA